GCGACGUACAUCCCGGCAGUCAUGGCGUCUCAUAGAGUCACUCCAGCUCUGCAGAGAGUUCUGUUCACCUGGCAGCACGUGGCCUGGAAGUCAAGAUGUUGUGCAGUUGCCUCUCAUGCAAAAUAUUCAACAGUUUAUGAUCCUGCUGAAAAGACAUUUGAUAAGAUCCUCAUUGCAAACAGAGGAGAAAUUGCUUGCCGGGUGAUGAAAACAUGUAAAAAGAUGGGGAUCAAAACAGUUGCCGUUCACAGCGAUGUCGACUCCAGUGCGGUGCACGUGAAAAUGGCGGACGAGGCGGUCUGCGUCGGCCCCGCUCCCACCAACAAAAGCUACCUCAACAUGGACGCCAUUUUGGAGGCCGCGAGGCAGACGGGAGCCCAAGCUGUGCACCCAGGCUACGGAUUCUUGUCAGAAAAUAAAGAAUUUGCCCGGAGACUGGCUGCCCACGGUGUCACCUUCAUCGGACCCGACACGCACGCCAUUCAAGCCAUGGGAGACAAGAUUGAGAGCAAAUUAAUUGCCAAGAAAGCCAAGGUCAACACCAUCCCAGGCUUUGAUGGGGUGGUCAAGGAUGCUGAAGAAGCGGUGAGGAUCGCCGGGGAAAUCGGCUACCCCGUCAUGAUCAAGGCGUCAGCAGGCGGUGGGGGGAAAGGCAUGAGGAUAGCCUGGAAUGAUGAGGAAACCAGGGAAGGCUUUCGCUUUUCCUCACAAGAAGCAGCUUCGAGCUUUGGAGACGAUCGUCUGCUCAUCGAGAAGUUUAUUGAUAACCCACGGCAUAUAGAAAUACAGGUUCUCGCUGACAAGCACGGGAACGCCUUGUGGCUUAACGAGAGGGAGUGCUCCAUUCAGAGGCGUAACCAGAAGGUGGUGGAGGAGGCUCCAAGCACGUUCCUGGACCCCGAGACGCGGUGCGCGAUGGGCGAGCAGGCCGUGUCCCUGGCGAAGGCCGUGCAGUACUCCUCCGCCGGCACUGUAGAGUUCCUUGUCGACUCCAAGAAGAACUUCUACUUUCUGGAGAUGAACACCCGCCUCCAGGUUGAGCACCCCAUCACUGAGUGCAUCACCGGCCUGGAUCUCGUCCAGCAGAUGAUCCGCGUUGCCAAGGGUUACCCGCUCCAGCACCGGCAGGCUGACAUUCCCAUUAACGGAUGGGCCAUAGAGAGCAGAGUUUAUGCUGAGGAUCCUUACAAGUCCUUCGGCCUGCCCUCCAUCGGCCGUCUCUCGCAGUACCAGGAGCCCGUGAACAUCCCCGCCGUCCGUGUCGACAGUGGCAUUCAAGAAGGAAGUGACAUCAGCAUUUAUUAUGAUCCAAUGAUCUCCAAACUGGUUACAUAUGGAUCCACUCGAGCCGAAGCGCUGCAGAGGAUGGAGGAGGCUCUCGACAAUUAUGUCAUCCGAGGAGUGACGCACAAUAUUCCACUGCUGCGUGAGAUCAUCACACACCCUCGAUUUGUCUCCGGAGACAUCAGCACCAAGUUUCUUCAAGAGGUCUACCCAGAGGGCUUCAAAGGUCACCAGCUGUCAGAUUCGGAGAGGUGGGAGUUGCUAGCCACCGCCGUGGCACUCUUCGUGGCCGCACAGCUCCGCUCCCAGAGAUUCCUCGGGAACCUCAGGGUCUCCAGUUCCCAGCAGGAGCAGCGGAGGUGGGAGCUGUCAGUGGAGCUGGAGAAGGGGGUCCAUGCCGUCACCGUCUCCCGCUCGGGGUCCACCUACGCCGUGGAUCUUGAUGGGAAGCGGGUGGAUGUGUCCAGCGAGUGGAACCUGGCGUCUGCUUUGUUGCCCGUCACCGUCAACGGCACCCAGAGGACCGUGCAGUGCCUUUCCCGUAGUGCAUCAGGGGAGAUCGAUCUUCAGUAUCUGGGCACGUCGUAUAAGCUGCGGGUGUUAAGUAAGCUGGCGGCCGCACUGAACAAACACAUGCCGGAGAAGGUGCCGGAAGACACCAGCAGCAUCCUGCGCUCGCCCAUGCCUGGCUCCGUGGUGGCGGUGUCUGUCAAGGCCGGCGACACGGUGGCCGAGGGCCAGGAGAUCUGCGUCAUCGAGGCCAUGAAGAUGCAGAACAGCAUGACGGCUGCCAAGACUGCCAAGGUCAAGAGUGUGCACUGUAACGCAGGAGACACCGUUGGCGAAGGGGAUCUUCUCGUUGAGCUCGAAUAAACGUCUUUAUUUGCCACUCCCUGUUUGGAUGUAACAUUACUGCGAAUCAGAGGAUGAUGAAUUAGAGAUGAAUCAUGAAUUCGCUGGAGUCGCUCAACAUGCCUUUCUGAUGUCUUGUAUGGUUUGUUAAGUACUUCAUGGGAUACUCUGACAGAUGGAUAAUAAAACCGAUUCCUGCCUGUGCCCUUCUGAGAAGGUAAUCAAAUGUAGAACAAGAGUUCGCUGCCUUGAAUCAGCAGCCCUUUUCUAAUAUGUUGUCUUUUUUUUUUUUUUUAACACAUAUAAAUGUCCUGUAACUGUGCACAUUUCCAUUAACCAGGGUGCUGUUCACUGAUCUGUUUUAUGUCCUUAUUGUAGUGCGGUUCUGUGCUCCUCAUUACAGUUUACAUGGGUGGGUUGGAUGGACCAGACACCUUGUGUGUGUGUGUGUGUGUGUGUGUGUGUGUGUGUGUGUGUGUGUGUGUGUGUGUUGCUGAGGUCUCACACACCGUUCACUCCACAAAGGAAGCGGCUCAACAGGUUAACUGUGUGACACACUUUUCCUCUUUAAAUAUGAAAUAUUGCCCGCGUCUGGUUUCACUCACACCAGUGUAGGAAUGUAAAUUUCUUCUGUGGUCAGUCAGUCUCAUGCGUCUAACGUUUCAAUUGCACAUCAUGCCCGUAGUGCGUAAAAAUUGAGCCGAGGCUUUAAGCGAUGAAAUGCUUCCAGUAGCUCUGGCUGAUGGUUGACAGCUCUGAGGGUCUCUCAUUAUUGAAACCUUGAGCUCACAUCAGUCUGACGUGCUGCACAGGUGGGGUUGAGCUCUUCUCUCUCUAGGGUCCCGCGGGAAAAGGGCGUCGCCCGUGGAUCUGUCCACCUGAAGUUAAACGUUUUACAUACAAACCUAAGACGAGUUGGACGAGUUCAGUCGUGCAGAAGAAGAGGGGAAAAGCACCGGGCAAUAUUUACAUGUCAAGAUCUAAACACUCAUCUUGCUUUUGCUUCAUUAUAUCUGCUUGCGAAAGGGAAGAAAGAGUAUAUUUUAUUUUUAUUGAUCCUCUCGUUGUGAUCCUCUCGUAAAAUUGAACCAAGAAGAGCAACACGCACGCACACAUGCACGUCUACAACUGCUUGUCCCGAGCAUUUCCAAAACAUCCAAGGAAUAUAUCACAAUACAAAUAUACAUUACAAAAAAAGGUUAUAUCCAAGGAUAAAAUAAACAUGACUUUCAUAUUUUUACAUUUUGGAAUAGCUUGCAAAUAAGUCUUUAGACCUAUUUUAAAGCGGAGGACACUUCCCUCACUAUUUUACUUUUAUUGCAUAAUAGGGUGUCAAUAUAGUAAAACAGUAUUGUCAGUAGGAUUAGUUUAUUGUGACAUCAUUUUGUUAAGGUUAAUGCCAGUAUUUACCUCCUAGUAAGAGUACAUGGGAGUGGGAAAACGAUCUACCGCUUAACGGCCUCCGCUGAGCCGCAUGUAGUCCACAGGGGUACCGUGUCAACGGAACGCACGAGCGCCACGGACCACCCAGCGGUGCGAUGUCAUUUAUUUACAUUUCUGCGCACAUUGUUUCCUGAACUUCGGUGCACUGAGAUGCCAAGACUUCAUGUGGGCAGAAUUAAAAUCAAAAAU